CCGUCUUCCAUAUUCGCCUGCACCCACCCUAUAUUGCCGUUUAAUUCAAUUUCGGUAUAUAUAGCCGACCCGUGUUCUUGAUUGUCACCAUUCGAUCGUGAACCAUCCAAAGAUCAUCAUGAAAUUCGCAACUGCCCUAGUCGCUUUGGCCGUCGUAGCCCUCGUCGGGGCCGAUACCGACAGCAAAACCUUGAAAACCCAAAAAGCAGGCAAGAGGAGCAUCGGUGAAUACGAUUCGGGAUUUGGAUCGGCCGGUUACAGUUAUGGUUCAGGUUUGGGCAGUUCUAGCUACGGUGCCUCAAGCUUGGGUUUGUCGUCCGGUUUGGGAUACAGCUCCGGCCUAAGCUCUGGAUUGGGAUACAGCUCCGGUCUUAGCUCCGGAUUGGGAUACAGCUCAGGUCUUAGCUCCGGAUUGGGAUACAGCUCCGGUCUUGGCUCCGGAUUGGGAUACGGCUCCGGUUUGAGCUCCGGACUGGGAUACGGCUCCGGUUUGAGCUCCGGACUGGGAUACGGCUCCGGUUUGAGAUCCGGACUGGGAUACAGUUCAGGAUUGGCUUACGGUUCUGGAUUGGGAUUGUCUUCCGCUUCGUACGCUGCACCGGCCGCCAUUGCCGCACCCGCUCCAGCUCCGACCACCGGACCCAUCGUCCCGGUUUCCAGGGAAGUGUACAUCGUCAACCGUCACGCCCAACCGGUGUCUGCACCGUACCCGGUACCAGUACAAAGGAACGUAGCCGUGCCAGUGCCGUCUCCAGUCCCUUACCCGGUUGACAGGCCAUACGCAGUACGCGUUCCGGCCCCAUACCCGGUGCCAGUUGAGAGACCAGUACCUUACGCCGUCGACAGGCCCGUCCCUCAUCCGGUCGCCGCUCCCUACCCGGUUCCGGUAGUGCGCACCGUUCCAGUGCCCGUAUCCCGACCAUACCCGGUGCCAGUAGUGAGACGUAUUCCCGUACCAGUAGCCACACCGGUCGUCAUCCCGGCACCGCAGCCCAUCGCUGUCGCAGCACCGCAGCCCAUCGCUGUUGCCGCUCCAGCUCCAAUUAGUUACGGUUCGUCUUACGGAGAGUCUUCCAUCGGAUACGGUUCCGCCAUCGGUUCCGGUUACGGUCUGUCCGGCAUCGGAUCGGAAUACGGAGCGUCCGCCAUCGGCGCCGGCUACGGCUCGUCCGCCAUCGGCGCUGGCUACGGUGCGUCCGCCAUCGGCGCCGGCUACGAAUCGUCCGCCAUCGGCGCUGGAUACGGCUCGUCCUCUUUGGCUUCGUCUUCAUACGGAUCGUCCUACGGCGGUAGCUCAUACGGCGGCUCGAGCAUUGGAUCCUUGGGAAGUUACGGAGGAAGCGGAGACUUGUCGUCUUACAGCAAACACCAUGGUUCGUACAAGAAAUAAGAUGUUUUAGAUAGAUUGACUUAUAUACCAUGUACAUAAGUCCAUAAUGUUCAGUUAUUAAGUUUUCGUUUAUUUUUUUUUAUACUUAAAAAAUUGUUGACAAGUCAUCGUAAAUGCGUUGACUGAAUAAUAAACUUG